CACACACACAAGUUAAGAGCAGAGAAAGAGAAAGAAGCGGAGCUGCCAGGCGGUCUGGAGUCUCUACAAUGGAUGCCGUACCGUUUAAUAUCGCGUUCGUCGUCCUCCUCCUCGGGGCUUGGAUCCAGGGAACGCAGGCCCUGCAGUGCCAUUGCGCCCGCUGCAACGGCAACUCCAGCUGCACCACGGACGGCGUGUGCUUCGUGGCCGCCCGCAAGUCGGGCGGCAAGGUGGUGAUCGAGCGCAGCAUGUGCGUCCCGCUGUACGAGCUGAUCCCCCGCGACCGGCCCUUCAUCUGCGCGGUGGCCGCCCGUGAUGAGAAGGGCAUCUACCCCAAGUGCUGCAACGUUGACUACUGCAACACGGCAGACCCUAGCAUGUUCCCUGUGCCCUCAGAGAAGCCCCCCGCGUUGGGGCCCGUGGCCCUGGCGGCGGUGAUCGCGGGGCCCGUGUGUGUGCUGUGUCUGCUGCUGGUGGUGGCCUUCUACGUGUGCCACAGCCACCGCAUGGGGGCCGGGGGGGUCGGGGCCCACCACCACCGCGUGCCCAACGAGGAGGACCCCAACAUGGACCACCCCUUCAUCACGGGCGGGGCCACCCUCAAGGACCUCAUCUACGACAUGACCACCUCCGGCUCCGGAUCAGGGCUGCCGCUGCUGGUCCAGAGGACCAUCGCCAGGACCAUCAUCCUGCAGGAGAGCAUCGGGAAGGGGCGCUUCGGCGAGGUGUGGCGGGGGAAGUGGCGCGGCGAGGAGGUCGCCGUCAAGAUCUUCUCGUCCCGGGAGGAGCGCUCCUGGUUCAGGGAGGCCGAGAUCUACCAGACGGUCAUGCUGCGGCACGAGAACAUCCUGGGCUUCAUCGCCGCCGACAACAAAGAUAACGGAACGUGGACCCAGCUGUGGCUGGUGUCUGACUACCACGAGCACGGGUCCCUGUUCGACUACCUGAACCGCUACACGGUCACCGUGGAGGGCAUGAUCAAGCUGUCCCUGUCCACCGCCAGCGGGCUGGCCCACCUGCACAUGGAGAUAGUGGGCACACAAGGAAAGCCUGCCAUCGCCCACAGGGACCUGAAGUCCAAGAACAUCCUGGUCAAGAAGAACGGGACGUGCUGCAUCGCCGACCUGGGCCUGGCCGUCCGCCACGACUCGGCCACGGACACCAUCGACAUCGCCCCCAACCACCGCGUGGGCACCAAGAGGUACAUGGCCCCAGAGGUGCUGGAUGACUCCAUAAACAUGAAGCACUUUGAGUCCUUCAAGAGGGCGGACAUCUACGCCAUGGGCCUGGUCUUCUGGGAGAUCGCAAGCCGAUGCUCCAUGGGAGGCAUUCACGAAGACUACCAGCUGCCGUACCAUGACCUGGUGCAGUCGGACCCGUCCGUGGAGGAGAUGAGGAAGGUUGUGUGUGAACAGAAGCUGCGGCCAAACAUUCCCAACCGCUGGCAGAGUUGUGAGGCCCUGAGGGUGAUGGCCAAGAUCAUGCGUGAGUGCUGGUACGCCAACGGUGCGGCCCGCCUGACGGCACUGCGCAUCAAGAAGACGCUGUCCCAGCUCAGCCAGCAGGAGGGCAUCAAGAUGUAGAGCCGCACACACAUACCCCCCUGUUGUUUUUAUUAUUCAAAGCAAUGUCUUAUAUUAUCAUUAUCAACCUGUCCCUGCCCGGGAGAUUACCUUUUCUUUCUUUACUGGGCAGGAGUAUAUGUAUAUGUAUAUUUCCUUCAUUUUUUGGUUUUGGUUUAAUUUUUGAGUAGCCACACAGCACCCGUCAACACACACACACACACACACACACACACACACACACACACACACACACACACACACACACACACACACACACACACACACACACACACACACACACACACACACACACACACACACACACACACACACACACACACACACACUCUCUCUGGUGUGGGCCCCCCCAGCCUACGCGCACCACUGGGGCGCGGGCACAAUGGAUAGGCUGGAGGACUCAUCCUGAAAGCUUGUGAGGGAGUGAAGGCCAGACCCCCGCUCUCCUCCGCGCUCUGGGGAGGUCCCGGUAAACCAGGUCUGGGAGGGUCCAACAGAGACCCAACCAAUGGUGCUCCGGCCUGAGAGCCAGUACACCACAGAGACACGAGGGAGGCCUGCUCUCUCAUGCUGCUGACGUCACUCAGCAGCCCUUCAUCAGCAUGGGCAGCAGAGCUCCUCCCAGUGGUGCCCGCCUCUGCCACUGGUGUGCUCCACUGGUGUCCCCUCUGCCACUGGUGUCCUCCACUGGUGUCCCCCUCUACCACUGGUGUCCCCUCUGCCAGUGUUGUCCCCUCCUGGGAGGCUGGUGUUCUGUGUGGCGACGCCCCCUUGCUGUCCCUUUUGUUUUCUGAACCGCCAUCAGUAUUACCGGCAAGACGGGUCAGUUCAUUUAAUUUCUUUCUAUGACAGAGUAUCCGAUUCCUCAGCAUUUUAUUUUGUCAUUAUUUGUGUGUCUCAAUUUCUUAGCUACAUUUGGAAUUUUUAUUUUGGACAGAAUCUCAUUCAUUCUCCGCUAACAUGCUGGAACAUAUGCAAACUAAUGAUUUAUGCUAUACAACACAGGCGGACAACAACAAUAGAACUACAAACCGACAUAACGACAACACAGAACUACAACACGAGAGGACAAAAGAAAUACAACACGAGAUGACAUAGAACUACAACGCAGGAUGACAACAGGACUACAACACUAAAUGACAAUAGAACUACAACACAGGUGACAACAGAACUACAACACUAGAUGACAAUAGAACUACAACACAGGUGACAAUAGAAAUACAACACGAGAUGACGAUAGAACUAUAACACUAGAUGACUAACAGAACAACAGGGGACCGCUGCCGCCAUGCCUUCCAGGCUACCCUUCGAGUGCCACAGCUUUAACUGACAGCUCGUCCACCUCCAGCGUGCGGUAGGAGACUGUGUGUCUGUGGUGUGUGUGUGUGUGUCCACAACGUGGUGUGCGUGUGGUGCGCAUGUGCUCUGAGCAGCGACGGCCUCUAGGGGCGCUGAGGAGCACACACACACACACACACACACACACACACACACACACACACACACACACACACACACACACACACACACACACACACACACACACACACACACACACACACACACACACACACACACACACACACACACGUGCACGCCAAACUCAAACCUGAGCCCUCUCCCUGGUGCCAUCAGCCAGCCUGCGCCUCAGCCAGCCUGCACCUCAGCAGCAGCUCAUCCUGUGGUCCCCAGGGGGCCCCAGCUCCUCCGUCAGGGGCCGAGCAAACAGCCGCUUUGGUCUCGACCGCAUUGGUGCCGUUGUUUACAAAAUGGAGGGGGGGGCAGGCAUGUUGUUUUCAAGCAUUAACUUUUAUCAAAUGAUAAUCAAAACUUAAAAAAAACUUGGAGUGAUGUACAUUCGUUUUAAAUAUAGCAAGUGGAUAUUUACUAAGCCAUAGGUUUUUCCAUUGAUUUGGAGUAACGUGGUUUAGUUGAUUUAUGUUUUGUCCUUUUAACGGCAAGAUCUUUUUCUACUAGAAUGUACAUUUCUGAAGAUGCCACCGCAAAAACAAAAGAGAAAACUGCAACUUUGUCAUUUCAGCUUUGCAAGCCUUAAGGGACCAACAAAAUAUGCUUUUGUUUCUUCUGUAAAACAUAUAUAUGAAUGAUUACCGGUACUUUGUUUAAAACUGAUCAUAUAUAAUCUUAAGGACAAAAAAUGAUAUGUAGCACAGUCUUAUUUAUUGUCUCGGGGCCAUACUGCCACACAGCUAAACCAGUUCAAACCCGUCAAAUAACAUUUAAAUAACAACUACUUGGAAUACUGACACACGGCCUGUGAGUUUGGUCCUUCUUCAAAUGUCACUUGAAAGAAUAUCUGGUUAUUCAGCAAGUGCACUUCACGGUUUAGAUGUGUGGCCCUAUGGACCUGGUCGACUAGUUAUCUAGCUAACUAGUUAAGUUUGUCUUUAUUUUCUUCUUCUUCUU